GAAAACGUCAUUGACCGCCCACCUUAUAAAUAUUAAUGUCCCAGACGUCCCUGCGUGACCAUACGCGAUGACGCACCGCGACAAUUGCGGGUCCGGAUUGCUGCAGCCGCUUGUCAGUGUGACGAAGAUUGGCACUCAGGCUGACUACCUUUUCUCACAAUCUAUAAUGCCUGAGUGCUUGCAGCAUCUGCGUUGAGCAUGAUGGCAGCCCAUUCGGUUUCCAUUGACAAAUACUCCAAAGGAAAGCGCCAGCAGAUGCAAGGUGUAACCAAGAUAGAGAGCCAUUCAGAAGAGAAAUUUGAAGGGAUGUUGGCAGAGGCACCCAGCCCAACACUCGCAGAUCCACAGACGCCUAUGGACGUGGACAAAACCUCCAUAUAUCGACAUCCCCUGUUCCCUUUGUUGGCUCUGCUAUUUGAGAAGUGUGAGCAAUCCACUCUUAGUUCUGAAUGCAUCACCUCUGCAAGCUUUGAUGUGGACAUUGAGAAUUUUGUGCGCUCUCAGGAGAAAGACGGAAAGCCCUUUUUCAGUGAAGACCCAGAACUCGACAACUUGAUGGUAAAAGCCAUCCAGGUGCUGCGAAUCCACCUGCUGGAACUGGAGAAGGUGAGUGACCUGUGUAAGGACUUCUGCAGUCGUUAUAUUGCUUGCCUCAAGACUAAAAUGAACAGUGAGACCCUACUGAGUGGAGAUCCUGGUAGUCCUUACUCCCCUGUUCAAAGCCAGGCCCCAAGUUUCUCACCAACCAAAUCCCAGGUCCCCUGCUCCAUCUCAGGGAGUCCUCAGGGUCAAAUUGUGGUUCCAGCUUCAGCCCUGCAACAAGGAAAUGUCACUGUCACGGCAGUAAAUCCCACCCAGAUGGUUGCAGGUAUGUCAUCAUGGCAUACUACUACACCGACAGGCGGCACAGUGUAUCAGCCUGUAACAGUUGUCACUCAUCAAGGCCAGGUCGUAACACAGGCCAUUUCCCCAGGAACUCUCCGUGUCCAAAACAAUCAGCUCCAACUGCGAUUUCACCAGGACUUAAACCUCUUCAAUCAUGACGACAGCUCAACUAAAAACAAACGUGGCGUUCUACCCAAACAUGCGACAAAUGUCAUGCGCUCAUGGCUUUUUCAGCACAUUGGGCAUCCUUACCCAACAGAGGAUGAAAAGAAACAGAUCGCCAGUCAGACAAAUCUGACACUUCUUCAGGUCAAUAACUGGUUCAUAAAUGCUCGAAGGCGAAUUCUGCAGCCGAUGUUGGAUGCAAGCUCCUCUGAGACGCCUAAAACUAAAAAGAAGACUCCUCAAAACAGGCCACUGCAGCGCUUCUGGCCUGACUCCAUUGCCUCAGGGGGCGGAACACCGCAGCAAGUUACAAUGCCCGAUGGUACAAUGGUGACAAUGAAUGUGGAGGGUCUACACAGCCUAACAUCAGAUGGUGCGACACUGGCAGUACAGCAGGUGAUGCUUGGAAGCCAUAGUGAAGAUGAGUCUGGGGACAGUGGAGACGAUGACGAUGAUGCUGAUAUGACUGGGCUGGCUCUUCACAACAGUGACUCACUCCAGUAGAAAACACGCACAAACGUAUAAACUACAGUACAUGUAAUACAGAAUAUAAAAUAGGUCUGCAUAAGUGACUGGGCUUUUGAACGAAUCGGCCACACGCAUUACAUACAGAGCACAAGACAGGAUACAUGAGAAUUGUUCCUCCUUUGCCAUUGUGUUUUUUUUAUCAUUUAGUUGCUGUAGGCGAUUGCACUUUGUAAAUGUAAAUGAAAAAAGAAAUUGAAUUCAUCCGGUGUUAAACACCAGGAGCGUUUGUAUGCUACAUUAACAAAUAUUGAAAACUGUAAUAUUGUUUUCCUUUGCAACUUUUGAAUUGUACAUUAAUUUUGAAUGACAACACUUUCACAAGUUCUAUCAUUAGGGUUUGUCUCUUUUUGCAUGCUUGUGUUUUGAGUAGAUAUGUGCAAGACUGACUCCACAGCUCUCACAUGGACCUCUGCGAAAGAGCCAAGCUCUUUGGAGUUUCAAAAAAGAUGCUUAUUUUUAUAUACAUACACGUACACAUGAAAACGUUUUUGUUUAUUUUUUUGUUCUGUUUGUAACAAAUGUUGAUGUACAGAUUCAUAAAUGCAGCAACUGUUUUCCAGGGUUCUUUGGAGUUUUCGUAAAAAAUGAAAUAAAAUUUAAAUGGUUUUAAAA